AUGUUCGCCUGGUACCAAAGGAGUCUCAUUCAGCGUCCCUACCUGACACAGGGUCUAACCACAGCAGCCCUCUUCGCCCUAGGCGACGGCCUCGCCCAGACAGCUGUCGAGAAGCGCAGCCUGGCGGACUAUGAUCUAAUGCGCAGCAGCCGCAUGGCCCUCUACGGAGGAGCGGUUUUCGGCCCCAUCGCCACGAAAUGGUACCAGACCCUGCAAGCGCGCGUCGCCCUCCGCUCCGCCGGAACGACCCUGGCCGCCCGCGUCGGCGCCGACCAGCUGCUCUUCGCGCCCACCAUGAUCGGUGUAUUUCUGAGCAGUAUGUCCCUGCUCGAAGGCAAAAGCCCGUCCGAGAAGCUGCAGCGCUCGUACUGGGAUGCGCUGCGCGCCAACUGGACCGUGUGGCCCGCGGUGCAAGCGGUGAACCUGUUCCUGGUACCGUUGCAGUACCGCGUGUUGGUGGUUAACGUGGUUAACGUUGGCUGGAACUGCUUUAUGAGUCUCAUCAAUAAUGCUCCGAGAGGAGAGGAGCAACCUAUGGGAGCUUAA